AGUCUCGAUAGCGAAGUUGCGGCGCGGGAAACGGCACCACUCGAAUUGCGGUGCCGAAGAGAGCGUUUCGUUGAGGACCGCGCUCUUGCGCGCGCCGCCGCCGUUUCCGAAGGGCAAGAGCGCUCAUAUCGGUGGCACGUUGCCAGGGCUCGACUGUGGCAGCGGAGGCCACGGUGGCAGCCGGGACUUCGUUUCGAACGGGUCUGGUGAAAGUGAGCUGCUGUGUUGCCGCCUGGCGACCUGUUGGGACACGUCAUUUCUGCGCUCGAGGCGGGCUUUCCAAGUUUCUGCGCCCGACACUUGUGGACUGAUCGCGCAGUCGCACCGCCCCAUCAAAACCAUGGACGCACUUCGCAGCUAGGUUCACCAGGUUAUGAAAACGCCUUUCACAGUAAAAGAAAGAAGCGAAUAACCGCUGUGUCAUUGAACGGCUGCGUGGACACGACAAUUGUCUUCUCACGGGUAUACAGGAGCAAAUCUGCGCCUGCAUUGCCAGAGGUGUGGCUGCAGCCCACACAUUUCGCACAUGUCGAUACUGCUGCAGUACCUUCUUCCCUUGGCUGCACCAUCAGCGUGCGUCGUGCACGAAGACAGAACCUGCUGGGCUUCGUAGCAAGCGGCGAGCGCGAUGGCGUCGUACCAGGACAGCGGCCGCAGCGUGCUGGUGGCUGCGGCCUGCAGUUGGUGCCUCUUCUGGACUAUGAUCGUGAACCGCAGCGGCGGCAUCGUGUUCGUCACCAUGAUUUCCGAGAUGGGCGCCUCGCGCCAGGCCGCCUCGUGGCCGUUCUCGCUCCUUGGCGCCGUGUCCAACAUAUUUGGUGUCGUGUCGGGAAUACUCCUGCGAAAGCUGCCCCUGCGAGCCGUUUCUAUAGCAGGAAGUAUACUGGUGGCUUCGGGCAUACUGCUGAGCGUAGCCUUCUAUGGGGUGAUCGGUAUCACCCUUUCCAUUGGCAUCAUGACUGCCAUUGGUCAAGGCUUGAUUUUUCCUUCCAACAUGGUGGCCAUUAACACGUACUUCGACAAGUGA